AUGUUCAAGCAGCUGUCACAAAUUGGUAAGAACCUAACCGAUGAAUUGGCGAAGGGUUUGGCCGAUGAUAUGAACCCAACCUCAUCGGAACAGCAAAUUGAAGAUGAUAAAAGUGGCUUACCCAAAGAAGUACAAGCUAAAUUAAGAAAGUUUGAGAAAUAUGAACAAAAAUAUCCCUUAUUACUUUCAGCCUACAAAAAUGAGAAACUAAAAUCUGAAAAGUUCGACGCUGUUGAAAAGAUCUUAGCGGAAAAUACACCUAUAUCCAAUAUUGAUGAUGCAGUUGAUACGUUGCCAGCCUUUUUCCAAGAUUUGAACAACAAAAAUAAUCUAUUGAGUGAUGAGAUCAAGAGAUUAACCAAGGAGAAUUCAGAUGCGGCGCCAGAAACCGUAACUUGUGAAACUUUAAAGGUUACGGAAGAGAGAUUUCUGAAGAAAGAGCAAGAGUAUAAAGAUGACAUAGAUGGCCUGGAAAAAAAAAUAGAAGCUUUGAACAGUGAACUGACCUCUUUACACAAGGACAAAAAUGACACCACUUCGGGUUUAAGGGAAAAAAUAACUGCAUUGGAAAAUAUGUUAAAGGAAGAGAAGGAGACUGAAAAGCAAGAAGUGGAAAUUUCGUUAGCCAAAUUGAAAGAGGAAUUAAUUGCCAAUAAUCUCACCCUUGAAGACUAUAAAACAAAGGUGACCAAAUUAGAACAGGAAUUGGUAUCAAAUAAUACUAUAGUGGAAGAAAAAUCCUCGAAGUUAGCUGAGUUGGAUGUCAUCUUGAAAGAGAAGGAGCAAAAACUAAGUGAACUAGAAAAAAAACUGAAAGAAGCACCGAAGACCGUGAUAUCGAAUCAAAAUGUAGGGAACAACAAUAGAAGAAGAAAGAAUAGAAAUAAAAGUAAGAAAAACAAGGGAAAUGCAACCGUAGAUGACCUCAAUGAAGAGGAAAGCUUCGAUAAUUUAAUUAAUACUGCAGAAUAUGAGAAACUUAAAGAGGAUUUACAAGUCUUACAGGAAAAACAUGAAAAUUGUGAAGACUGGAGACUUAAGUACGAGGAAAUGGAAGCAGAACUAAAGAACACUAAAGAAUCAGGAGCCUCGCAGCUCGCAAAAUCAGCAGAGGAGUUGAAAACCCUGAACACUGAGUUAAGUGAUACUAAGAAGUCCCUAAAAGAAAAGAAUUCUGAGUUGGAAGAAGUAAGAGACAUGCUGAGGACUGUAGGGAAUGAGCUCGUGGAUGCCAAAGAUGAGAUAAAAGGAUUUUCGAGCAAACAAACUGAAGAGGCAAAAGCCGUUAAGCUGGAACUUGAUAAUUUACGUCAUAAGAACGCAACUAUGGUUGAGGCUCACGAAAUUAAAAACGCUGAAUUGAAAAAUAGACUAGACUCAUUGAACAAGAAAGUAGAACACUUGAAAGCUUUAAGCGUCGAAAAAGAGAAAGAGCAGACGACAUUAAAAAACAAGGUUGUCAAAUUGAAUGAAGAGAUAUCUCAACUUACAGCUGAGAAAUCAAGUACCACAAAGGAACUCAAUUCUUUGCGAACCUCUUAUAAACAAAAGGAAAAAACUGUGGGUUACUUGGAGGAGCAGGUUAAACAAUUUAGUGAGCAAAAAGAUGCUGCCGAAAAAUUUACAGAACAACUAAAAAAAGAACACGCUAAUAUGUCUAAUAGGCUAGACUUACUAAAAAGGGAAAAUGAAUCUUUGCAUAGUGACAUCGCAAAGAAUGGUAAUUCCUACGAAGCAUAUUUGAAAGAAAAUGGUAAAUUAUCGGAAAGAUUGAAUAUUUUGCAAGAAAAAUACAACACCUUACAAAAUGUGAAGAGUAAUUCGAAUGAACAUAUCGAUUCCAUUAAAAGACAAUGCGAAGAGUUGAACAUCAAGUUGAAGGAAUCUACGAAAAAGAUUUUAUCUUUAGAAGACGAGCUAAAUGAGUAUGCCAAUAUUGUUCAAGACAAGACUAGGGAAGCCAAUACUUUGAGAAGGUUGGUCUCGGAUAGUCAUGCUGAUGAUUCUACCGCGCGAAAAGAGUUGGAAAAUCAAAUAGCCUAUCUUACUGAUGAAAAGAGUAAACUACAAGCAGAACUGAACUUGCAAAAAUCAAGAAACGCUAGUGAAUCACAAGAAUGGAAACAUGCUGCUUCUGAGUUAAAAUCAGAAAUACACGCUUUAAAGCUUCGUGAAAAGGAACUAAAAUCAGAGGUUGAUGCUUUGAAUCAUGUUAAUAGUGACAUCAAACGCAAAACCCAAGCAACUUCAGAUGAUUCUGACCAGCUGGAACGGAUUACAUCUAAUUUGAAGCUUACAUUAUCUAAGGCAGAUGAAAAAAAUUCCGAACUACAAUUAACCAAUGAAAAUCUUCUGAAUUUGAAUAACGAACUUAAUAAAAAAUUUGACCGACUACUAAAGAAUUAUCGUUCAUUGUCCGCCCAAUUCAACGCUAUCAAGGAGGGGCAACAUGGCGAAAGUACAGGGAGGAUCAGUAGAUCUAGUUCAACCAGUUCUUUAGCUACCGGAAAUAACAACACCUUACCCGCUAAUAACGCCAAACUCGAGAGGGUACGAUCAUCAACCCCAUUGGAGCUAGACUCCGAGAAAAAUGAGAAAAUUGCAUAUAUAAAGAAUGUUUUGUUGGGCUUCUUGGAGCAUAAAGAACAACGGAAUCAAUUGUUGCCUGUAAUUUCCAUGUUAUUACAGUUGGACAGUACUGAUGAAAAAAGACUAAUCAUGUCUUUGAAGUGA